AUGGUGAGAGUUUUUUACUGUCUCAACCAGAAAUAUGCUGCUCUUUCCGUGAUGCGCCCUGAGGCCUUGACCCGGUUGUCGGGUAUCCCAUCAUCCCAACUCAUAAUUCAUUGUUAAUGUUAAUCGUGGAUACGUUGUUUUGGUGAUGGUUGUUGAACACUGUUUAAGGUUAUAUGUCACGAUCGAUCGUAACAAAGACUUGCAAACAUUGUAAACACCUACUGCAUCACGGUAAACGCCGUGCUACCGCAUAUAACUAAUCACCCUGUCUAUGUUACUAUUUUAAUAUGACAUACAUCUCCCCCUUGUACGUUCCAACCCCGACUUUUGAUUAUAUCGCAUUUUCAGUCAGGGGUUACUCGGAAAUGGAAGGGCUCGGCGCGAGCCUUUUUUUGUAAAAGUGAUUUAUACUUGCAAUCAAAUUAAGUUUGUUAUUUAUUGUCGUUGCAGAUACUGGUCGGCGUUCCGUUCCCACUCGACCACGAAUACCGACCGACCCUGGAUUCGCAAGACGCUACGGUGUUCAAGCGGGUGAACCAGUGGGCACCAAGGCAUUCACUUCAGCUAAAGCACUACUCUACCGCACUCCAGCCUGACGACGCUCAGCCUGACCGUUCAGACCAACUUCAACUCAAGUGGCCCCAACUUGACCAACCGACGCGAACCCAUCCUGAACGACCCCAGAAUCCGGCGUUCUCUUCCCAAUUCCAUAAGCGCCGGAAGAAGGGAUCCAUCACGUGUGGAACGUCGCGAACUCGGUGA